AUGAUUCUUGAAAAAAUCGAGUCAGGAAUACAAGAAAGAAACGUGGAUCGUUCAUAUGCCAACAAUUUACUUGUUUCCAUCGCACAGAUUUUAGGGAUUUCAACAGAAAGAUCAACAUUAAAGAAGGAAUUUGAAGAUUUCAAGAAUGAGAUAGAAAACGCACAACUGAGAAAAGAUCAAGCUGAAGCCAUUCAAAUGGAUCAGAUAAUUGCAUUGUUGGAAAGAGCAGAUGCCACAUGUUCUGAUGAAGAAAAAGCAAGAAAGUAUUUGACUAAACGUUCUUCAUUGGGCAAUCAACCUUUAGAGCCUCUCCAAUCAUUUUAUUGCCCAAUUACAAGAGAAGUUAUGGUGGACCCUGUGGAAACUUCUUCAGGUCACACAUUUGAAAGAUCAGCCAUUGAAAAAUGGCUUUCUGAUGGAAGUACUUCAUGUCCUCUUACCAUGAUCCCUUUGGAUAAUCUUUACAUUACGCCCUAA